AUGAAGAUGCCAAUAGCAGCAGCAGCAUUUGCCCCCGAAGUGGCCUGCUCCCUCCCACACAGCUGUAAGCAGGAUGUAGUUUGUCGCCCAGAUGCAGACGUGCUGGACUACUUGCUGAGCCUGGGCCAGAUCAGCCAGCGGGAUAGCCUGUUGGUCACCUGGCACCAUGCUGCCAACAGCCAGAAGGACAUGAGGACUGCCCUGGAAAGUGACAUCAUGGUCCUGGAGGCGGAUAUCAACCUAGAAGGGCCCAACACAGCCAACGAGACAGGGGUCCCCAUCAUGGUGCACCCCCCACUCAUCUAUAGUGACAACACCCUGGAGCAGUGGCUGGAUACUGUGCUGGCCUCUUCCCAGAAGGGUAUCAAGCUAGACUUUAAGAGUGUCAAGGCUGUGGGCCCCUCCCUGGACCUCCUGCGGAGACUGACAGAUGCUGGGAAAGUCCGGAGGCCUGUAUGGAUCAAUGCCGACAUUCUGAAGGGCCCCAACGUGCCCAUCUCCAUCGAAGUCAAUGCCACACAGUUCCUGGCCUUGGUUCAGGAGAAGUAUCCUGAGGCCACCCUGCCUCCAGGCUGGACCACCCUCUACGUGCCCCUGUUGCCGAACAGCACAUACACCCGAGCCAUGAUAGAGAAGAUGCAGGAGCUGGUGGGAGCGCUGCCGCAGAGGGUCACCUUCCCCGUGCAGGCUGUCAUGGUGCGGGCUGCCUGGCCCCAUUUCAGCUGGCUGCUGGGCCAGUCGGACAGAUACAGCCUGACACUGUGGCAGGGUGUCUCGGAACCCGUGUCGGUGGAUGAUCUCCUCUACAUCCAGGACAACUCUGCCAACCACCAAAUCUACUAUGACCUCUUCGAGCCUGUCCUGUCGCAGUUCAAGCAGCUUGCAAUGAACGCCACACGGAAGCAAAGUUACUAUACAGGAGACAGCCUGAUCCCCCUUCUCCAGCUCCCCGGGUGCGACGCUCUGAGCGUGGAGUGGCAGCUUCCUGGCAUCCAGGGCAAUGCAACAGCAGCAACAGUUCAACUCUCAGGAAAAGAAGGCAUGAUCCUGCUGAACGUCGCCUCCAGGAGCCUGGCGCUGGAGUUGCUGCCCAUCGUGUACGCCUCGGGUGACUCUGCCCUGGCGCUGGAGUUGUGCCUGCUGCAGCUCACCACACACCCUGGACGCUGGGGAGUCCAUUUGCUCAUAGCAGAGCCCAUGGCCCUUCGGCCAGCCCUGGCCGUGCUGGUCCACCUCUCCAACCUCAGUUGCCCCUCUCUGCCUGUGUGGGUGGGCACAGUCUCCCAUGGGAGCUUUGCUGUGCCUGGCUACGUGCUCAGCAAGGAGCUGCUCACCGCUGUGGCUGAGGUUUUCCCCCACGUGACAGUGGCCCUGGGCUGGCCUGAGGAGGUACUGGGCAAUGGCUACAAGGAGCAGCUGCUUACGGAUAUGCUGGAGCUGAGCAAGGGCCUCUGGCAGCGUGUGUCCUUCCAGCUCCAGUCUGGGCCGCUGGGCCAGAGCACAGCCGGGGUGGUGGCCAGGUUAUUGGCAGCUUCCCCCAGGGCCACCAUCACAGUGCAGCACAGCCCUUGGGCGGGCACCUAUACAUCUGUGCGGAAAGGGCUGCUGGCGGCCAGGACCGUGGACAAGACCCGUGUCUACUACAUGCUGCCCAAGAGUUAUCGGGAAGACCUGCUGGCAGAUGUUGGCAGAAACUGGCCGUCCAAUGGUGCUGGACAGGAGGUCCCUGGGGAAAAAGAAAAAGAAAAAGAAAAAAAAAAAGAUGAGCUAAAAAGAACACAUAAUGGUUUGGAAGUCUUGCCUGAAUGCAAGGCUGUGACUGUUGCAGGAGAUCAGAGACCCAACUGGAACCCCUAUAGUGACAGUGGAAAGGAGGCUCUCGAUCGCUAUCUCCAGACUCUGUUGGGAGGCAUCCGAGCUGCUGCUCGGAGACCCACAAACCUCUCUAAAGUGACAGAGACAGUCCAGGGGCCUAACCCUGAUGCCCCGGAAAAUCAGAGGGCUGUAAAUGUUACAUUUGUUUCCCAGUCGGCCCCAAAUAUUAGGAAAAAAUUGCAGAAGUUAGAGGGCUUUGAGGGGAAAUCAAUCUCCAAGUUGGUUGAGGUGGCCCAGAAGGUUUUUAACAAUCAGGAGGACCCGAUGGCAGGUUUAAACACCCGAAUGGUAAAGGUCCUCCUGGCCAUAAGCGAGGAAAAAGGCCCAAGAGGCCAGAGAGACAAGGGCCAAGAAAAGCCUCACAGAAGAAAAGGAGUCCAACCAGGCUUGGGAACAAUCAAUGUGCAUUUUGCAGAAAGGAGGGACAUUGGAAAAGGGAGUGCCCUGAACGUGCGGGGGGAACCAACUCCUGUGUUGGUGGAGGAGGUGGAUUAG